AUCGGAGAGAAUCCGCAGAGAAGCGGCGACGGUGACGGCGAGAGGGAGAGGGACGGAGAGAGAGAGACCUGGGCCCCAGACCCCAGACCCCGGACCCCGGACCAGCUCAGCUCCUGCUCCAGUUCCCGUUCCAGUUCCACUCUGCUUUGUCCCAGAUUUAUUUCUUUUAGGUGGUGGUGAGACAUCAAGUCAUCAGAAUAAUACUCUGCAAACCUAUUCCUGGCUUUAGUGCAGUUUCAUUGACACUUGGAAUACUGUACAAACACAAACCAAAAGAGGUGCUGAGUUGACAUUCACAACCUUCUGAUGCACUAGUCUCUAUGGCUGCCAGCGCUAGACUUCGUGUCAGACGCUGUCCCCACCAAUAUCUGAAUUAAAAAGCAAACUACAGAAACACUGAACCAUUCAAGUGAUAAUCAUUAGACCAAUUCAUCUGUUGUUGACUACUCAGAACAGCACACCUUGGGAGUCUCCAACAGAGGUUGUAGGUUGGGGGCCUGACCUUGGGUCAAGAGCUGUUGUCAAAGACAAGGAGAUGGCAGCAGAGACUCAGACACUCAACUUUGGACCAGAAUGGCUUCGUGCAUUGUCCAGUGGUGGAAGUGUCGCGUCCCCACCUCCUUCACCUGCAUUGCCAAAAUACAAAUUAGCAGAUUAUCGAUACGGAAGAGAAGAAAUGCUAGCACUUUAUAUGAAAGAUAAUAAGGUUCCUGAAGAGUUGGUGGAUAAAGAAUUCCUGGCUAUUUUACAGGAUGAACCACUUCUGCCCUUGGCACUUGUACCUCUUACAGAGGAAGAGCAGAGGAACUUUUCAAUGUCUGUGAACAGCUCGGCAGUGAUGAGGUUGAUGGGGCGGGGAGGAACAGCCCCACCGGCAGGGGUAGUCCGAGGCCGAGGCGGUGCCAGGGGCCGAGGCCGAGGAAGAGGGGAAAGCGGUUUUUACCAAAGAAGUUUUGAAGAUGGAGAAGGGGGGUUUGGCCGUGGAGCUCGUGAAAUGCUGCGGAGCCAGAGCUGGGAGGAAAGGGGUGACAGAAGAUUUGAGAAGCCUGGCCGUAGAGAAGGAGUGUUUGACGAAGUGGCCCCAACGACGCGCAAGCAGGAUUUUGCUCGUUCCGACAGUGAGAACUGGCGAGCCAUCCGUGAGGAGCAGAACGGCGAAGAUGAUGACGGAGGCUGGAGAACAGCUGGCGUACGAAGAGAAGGUGACCGGUGGCGACCCCCAAGCCCAGAUGGUCCUCGCUCCGCAGGCUGGAGGGACCAUGUUGAUCAGCAGCGGCGGCGGCGCUUUGACUUUGACUUUCGGGACCGAGAUGAGGAGCGUUCAUACAGGAGGGGCAGGACGGGCAGUGGCAGCUACGAAGAUGAGAAGGAUAAUUUGCCCGAAUGGUGCCUGGAAGAUGCAGAAGAGGAAAUGGGAACGUUUGAUUCAUCUGGGGCUUUUAUGUCAUUGAAGAAGGGUUCCAAGGAGCCAAUUCCUGAAGAGCAGGAGCUGGAGUUCAGAGGAGUGGAUGAAUUGGACGAACGGCCAGAUAACGAAUAUGAUAUGGAAUAUUAUAAGGAAUCUGAUAGGACGGAAAAUGGUGAAACAGACAGAACAGAUCUGCUAACCGAAGCAUACAACGGCAAGACCUCACCAUCGUGUUCGUCAUCCUCUCCGUCGGAGUCCCAGCCACAGGAGGUGUUCCUUCCGGUACCUGAAGAAUGUGAGGCUGUGCUGCAUCGAGCUGAAGCAGAGCUGACAGAUUCUGUGUCAGACGCCCAAGGACACAACAAACCUGUAGAUGAAGCUGUGAAUUUGGGCCAGCCUGCUCAGCUGAGUCCAGCCACGGUCUCAACCUUAUCAUCCUCUUCACCUUCCUCCUCUCCUCCAUAUCCUGGUACUGUUGCUGAAUUCAUCCCAGCGGAUAACGAUGACGAUGAAGGGAUGAAACGUUUCGAGCAGGAAGCUGAGAAAAUGGUUGCAUCGCUGCACGACAACACGCUGGACGAUGAGCGGUUUGUUGAGAUGAUGCAGGACCAGAGGAGUCGAGCUGCUGCUGCUGCCUUGCCGCUCUCGCACGAGGCAGCUAUGAAGUGGUUCUACAAAGAUCCACAAGGAGAGAUUCAGGGCCCAUUUACGACGCAAGAAAUGGCUGACUGGUUCCAAGCUGGAUAUUUUCCCAUGUCCCUGCUGGUCAAACGGGGCUGUGAUGACUCUGAACUGAUUUUGUGGGGAAGAGUGCAUUUUGCUCCUGGUACUCAGAUCCCUGAAAUUUUGCGGCGGGGCGAUAUGGACCAAGGGAGACUGAAAAAGCAGCGUGAGUUGGCAGCUGCCCUGUAUCAUCAGCUUCAGUACCAGCAGUUUCUACAGCUCAUAAACAGUCGGCAACAGCUCUUACAGUGUGCACUGCAGCAGAAGGCAAACAUGACACCCCAACAGCAGCAGCAACUUGUGCUGUUUCUUCAGCAGAUCCAGAACCUCAAAUCCAGGUGUGCAGAACAAAAUUUGAUUCCUCCUAUCAACAGAUCUGUGUCAGUUCCCGAAACUGGGUCCCUCUGGGACCUUCCAUCCUCUGCUUCACAGCCCUCAGGCUGUGACGUGGGUAGUUUGUGGGAUUCAGUAUCUCAGGGUCCGCUAAUGGAACAAAUUCAAAAACUAGAGCGGGAGAAAGCUUCAAAAUUAAAGCAGGAGCGAAGAGAUGUGGAGCUUAGGAACAAAAGGGAAGAAGAUGACAGAAAGCGGCAGGAUGAAAUCCGGUGGCAGGAAGAGGAACGCAAGCGUAGAGACGAGGAUGAGCUCACGAGGAGGAAACAGGAAGAGGUGGUCCGAUUUCAAAGGGAGCAGCAGGAGGAGGCUGCCCGGCGCCAAAGAGAGGAAGAGGAUCGGAGGCAAGAGGAGGCCUUGAGGCGACGCGAUGAGGAGGAAAGGCGACAGAUGGAGGACCUCUUACGAAAACAGGAGAAGGACCGGCGGUGGCUGGAGGAAGAGGAGAGCAGGCGCCAGCUGGAGGAGGAGGCCAGGCGCAGGCUCGCUGAGGAGGAGGACCGCAAACGCAAAGAGAUGGACCUGCAACUUCAGCGGCAGCAGGAAAUGCUGAGGCACAGGCAGCAGCAGGAGGCACUGAGGCGCUUGCAGCAGCAGCAGCUGGCACACAUAAAGAUCCCUUCUUCCACUACAUGGGGGCAGCAGUCCAACUCGGUACCACCUCUUCAGAAGCUAGAGGAGGAACGGGAACGACAGCGCAGGGAGGAGCAGUGUCGUCAGCAGCAGGAGAUAAUGAAGGCACUCCAGCAGCAUCAGCAGAAGUCACCUGGCUGGAACAGCAUCCCCAAACAGUCUAUGUCUGUAAAGUCACUACUGGAGGUGCAGCAGGAACUGCAGAAACAGCAGCAGCAAAGGGCGCAGGCACGGGCUCAUUCCGGUAUACCUAUCAACAACUCCUCAGUGUGGGGACUGCCUGGCCAGUGGGGGUCUGAUAUGAACAACAUGUGGAGCGUGCACGAAACGAAGAGCUCCAACUUAAGCCUGUGGGGGGACGAUGCCGUGAAGAGCACAGGCCCAGUGAUCAGGAACGCAGGGUUGAAGAACAGCAGGAGCAGUCCUUCGUUAAGCGACACGUACGGAAUUACCACCAGACCGAGCAAGAAGAAAACGGAAGAUGAGGAGAAGUUACUGAAGCUGUUCCAGGGAAUGAACAAAACUCAAGAUGGCUUCACACAGUGGUGUGAACAAAUGCUGCACGUCCUCAAUACAGCCAACAACCUAGAUGUUCCUACGUUUGUGUCCUUCCUUAAAGAAGUGGACUCGCCGUAUGAGGUGCACGAUUACAUUCGUGCAUACUUGGGUGACACCACCGAGGCCAAAGAGUUUGCCAAGCAAUUCUUGGAACGUCGUGCCAAACAGAAGGCCAACCAGCAAAGACAGCAGCAGCAACAGUUAACAAAGGAGCUAUUAGGCCUUACCGGGAGCAUCUCUCUGCAACCUGACAGAUUACAGGACUCCAUCUGGGCAAACAGCUUACAGUCACUGUUCCAGGCCAAUCACAACAGUGCACAGCAGUCAUCUUAUGAGAGCUCCCAAGCUGGGAAAAAGAAAAAGAAGCAAAAGAUGGUGAGAGCUGAUCCUAGUAUUCUGGGCUUCUCUGUGAAUGCAUCAUCAGAGCGACUCAAUAUGGGAGAAAUAGAGACAAUGGAUGACUUUUAAACAAGGUUUAAAAAAAAAAAAAAGUUCCUAAAAGCUGCCUUUGACUCCUAAUUGACCGUACCUGGAACAUGCUUCAUGGUAGGCGACUACAGUGGGAAUUCCAGGAUCUCCGCUCUCUGUGCUGGCAAGAAGUCUGACAUUCACUUAAUUUUGUUUUUUGUGAACCCUCUGGGUACUUCUGCUCUUCAUUGGAUGAAGCACCUUAAUAACCAUGCACUUUAUCAGACAUUGUACAUAGACUGAAACUGGAGGUUUUCUUGAAUAUAAAGUUCCUUUUUUUUGGAAAUAUAUCUGCAAAACACUGUUACUGUUUUUAAAAAAAAAAGAGGAAAAAAAAAAUUUUUUUUUUUUUUUUUUGAAAGGACGUGGAACCUGAAGAAAUGCACUUAAAAGACUGAAUCCAGAACUGGAACUUAUGGUGUGCUAUAGUUUGGACAAUGUGAUUUGAGUGUGUAGCCCCCCCUUUUUUUAAAAACAAAAAAAAAGAAAGAGGCAGAGAGAGAGAAAGAGAGAAGGGAGAGAGGAUUAGGAGGCCACUUACUCAGUUUUGCUUUGGUAGCAUGUAAAGCACCGAGCUACAUUGGACUAAUCCGAACAGCACUGCACGAGAGUGGAUUUUCAGCGUUUACGUGGUGCUUUAUACAAGGAAUGUAUAAAAAAACAAAAAAGACAAUAAAUAUGUACUUGGACAGAGUAGUUCAAGUGGACUGCUGCGCUGACAGCUUUUUGUUGGUUUUGUUUCUUAAAAAAAAAGCUAUAUCCCCCUCCCCAUCCCUUCCAAGGGUUAAGUAACUCUUAACCUGAAACUCCAAGCUCACCGGCAGUAACGAGGAACCGCACGGCUUGCAAACCACCCAGAAGCGGGUGGCGGCAGAAGAAUCGUUGGGGGGGAAAAAAAGGAAAGGAAGGGGGGAGGAGAGAAAGAGAGAGAGAGAGAGAGAGAGAGAGAGAGAGAGAGCCCGGCCCUCCCGUUUUGAAUUGUUCUUCAAGAUGGCGGAAAGAUCCCAUCCCCCCCCUCACUUUAUUCCACUGAGGUGACUCUUAACAGCACUGCAAGGGCUGUACACUAAUUACCACUGUUCGUGUGGGACCAUUUCAGUCUUGUGUGUAUUUUUUUUUAAAAGAAAAAAGGAUAGUUGUAUACGGUAUAAGUUUGUGCGUGCGUGUGUGUGUGUGUGUAUUUUUUUUUCCUCCCAAAUUUAAACUUCUGUUCCCUCUUGGAAUGGAUCCAGAGCGGUAGGACUGAAGUGUACCUCUUUUGAAAGUUGGCUGCUUUAUCUUUUGGACGCCUGGCGGAAUGGCUCCCACUGACGAUGCAUGUUUUUUUUUGUUGUUUUUUUUUCUUCUUCUUCUUGUUUUUCUCUUAUCAAACCACAACUUGUCUUAAAAAAAAAAAAAAAAAAAAGCUUUAAGAAACGAGAGGUGAGCCACAGGGUGGGAAGAAUCCACGCUCGCUCCACGAGGAAGAUUGCACGAGCCAGUGAAGUCUAGCUGGCUGGAGCCGGGACAGAAUUAAGUCAGUAAGUGUGUAGUUGAGCUCUGCCUGUGAGAGUCUAUUUUAAAAAUGGUAGUGAAACCCUUUGGAGGAGAAACAACUGGGAUUCAGUCACCCAGGGCCCAGACCCUUGCACUGCAGAAUUAUCCCAGUUUGCCAAUUCUGGUGCCUCUCAGCUGAGGAAUUUUUCAGAUAACACCAGACCCUUAAUCGGCAGGUUCUGCUGACAAUAUCCGUUCUUGCUCCAGAGGCUCCCGAUGUACAGCAUCCGAGUGGAUCUGGAACCGGCCUGAACAUGGCGUUAGUCCAUACACCGGACCGCGAGUGUAGUGUGUUUUCCAAGAUUCACGCGACGUUUGAGUCGAGGACCUACUUUUGAGGAGGGAGAGGUGGUGGUGUUCCAAUUGACAUGGGGCCUACGGAGUUUAUCGUGCUUGCAGGACAGGAGAAGAGAAUCUGGGUUAGGUGCAGUGGUUUGGGAGUGAUUGCAUAUCAUUAACUCAUUGUGGUAACUGGUUAUAAUGUAAUUGUGUAAAUGUAAAGACCAUUUCAGUAUUAACUAACCUCAAGUGUACUUUUCCAACUCAAAAAGUGAGUGCAUCUCCGAAUUUGUUGGUGUGAAAAGGCUGUUUGCUACGCUCCGAAUGCGGUUUCUCAAUUUCCUCCCGUCCACAAAUGCAUUCAACACAUGCACUCCAGACCGCUGUUUAAAAUAGGAAUUGGGUGUGAAGGGAGUAACUGCAACUGUUUCACCCAUGUACGUGUGUUUCUCUUGCCCUGUUUGCCCCCUGCUGAUGUUAAUUUUGUACCCACCCCGAUCCACCUACGAUGCACCCUUGCAUCUGGUUCGCUUCUGCAGUGGAUGCAAGAAGGCAGAAUUAGUUUUUUUGUUCAAAAAGUGGCUGUAUCUUCCUGUCCCUGAUUGAAAGCGUAUAAAGUGCAUUGUGCCUGAUUUCAGAUUGCUGCUUCCAUUCUGUUUUAAAACAAAAAUCUUAACUCGCUUUUUAAAUUCAUUCAAACAACCCCAUUCAAUAAAUUACCCGAAGCUAAAGUUAAAGGAGGAUAGUUUCCCUUUAAACUUAAAUGCGUUCAAACAGGCGGAAGUUACAGAAGCGUUAAUUGGUGGUGCAUUGUCCAGGUUGCUCUCAUGAGGAUAGAGUUUGUAAACAGUGUUUUAAUGCUGUGUGCGUUUCCUUGAUCACUGGUGCUGGGGAAAUAUGCACACAAGAUUGGAAGCAUAAUAUACUUGUGUAAGCAUUAAGAUGCAGCCAGUUUGGUACAAGCAGUCCUUUCCCAGUGUACUCUGUUUUUGAAUUUACCACAAGCAUCUCUUCACUCCCAAAGCCUGGUGUCAUUGGAAGAGUUGACCUGCUCGAGUCCUCACACAGUUCGUCAACUUGCUUGCCCUCCACCCACCGACUUUCUAGGUUAGGAUUCAGAUACUUUAAGAAGCCUGUGCUGCAUCCACAUUUUAGACAAAACGCACAAUUUAUUUUUCAAGUGGGUCGGGCACAGGGAGGGCAAGAAUCACCACAUGACCUCGAAUCUACCGGCAGAUAUUCUUUCUGUCCAUUCCCCCAGCUAGCUUUCUGCGCUACUACUUGUUUGAAGUUCUUCUGGGUAGGCUGGUUGAGCUGUUGCAGUCUCCAGAAGAGUUCACUGCACCAGAGCCACCAGAUUGGUGAUGUUAUGUUCUGAACUGGUCCCUUCAAACAACUCCCACUGACCACGCAGGGAUUCCCCCCCCACCUCCCCCCUCCCUUGUAUCAUUAGCUUAAUCCAUCUAUCUAUCCGCAUCCCAGAGUUGAGAGACAAGAUAUAUGAAUGUACCAGUGGUUGUCCCCCAGAAUGUACACACUUGGUCUGGUUGUGGUGAGUUCCUUCGUGUAGCCUUUGAAUGUUUUAUUGUAUCGAGCGUGGUCUAAUGCCAAGAUUAAAGGCGAUGGGAAGAUGAGCAUAGGACAAAUGCAUCGGCUGCUGCAAGGGAUGCAUUGCGUGGACUCCAGGCCUCCGUGUGGUUUUGCAGAAUCCCCCCUCUCCCCAGGCCACAGCACUCGGCAUGCUCGGCCCCAGGGAUUAGCCUCACCUUGUGCCCGUUUUGUGUUCGGCUGCUAUUGAAAGGAAUGACGAUUGUAAUAAAAAGCCAUGAGCUAGCGUGUUCAGCCUCGGCUGUAUUGUUCCAGAUAUGAAGCACCACUUAUUGCAUAAGCUAAAUUAAUUCUGCACUCUUCUCGGUGUAGAUGUGUAUAUUUUAAACCAUGUCAGGUUUUAGUUUUUUGUUUUGUUUUUUUUGCGCAAUGCCACAUUUGCUUUCUGGAGCACGUCCAGGAAUGUAGGCAAAUGAAGGAGGGGUUUGUUUUUGGGGAGGGGUGGGAGUGGGGGGGAAAGGGAGGGACAUUGCGGAGUUAAUGCAAGUUGGAUGACGUAUUUGCACAACUGUUUCAUUUGAUUUUACAACCAAUAUCUGUUGUGUGUGGGAGGGGAGGGGAGGGAUUGGGUGGGGGUACGGGACGAGUGUAAUGUACUUUAAACAAAAAAAAAAAUGUUGUGCAUAGUCUCCGGAGCUUUGUAGAUACUCUGCUU